CACGUUCAUUGCCAGUCGAGUUCUGUGCGUGAGAUCACACGCUACACUAUUUUAGUUAUCAUUUUUUAAAUAUUUUUUUUAAGUUCUUUUUUUAAAAAACGCCAAAAUGGCGUCUGCCGUGAUUAAGUUAAGUGCCAUAUUGUUGUUAGUUGCUGUGUGCGCCGCUGAUGUCUCACAUUUGGUGGGCUCAUCUGAACCUCAGCCGGUGACGGAGGUGUGCCUGGGGUGCAUCUGCCAGGCUGUGUCAGGGUGCAAGGCGGGCAUCCAGUGUGAUGGGGACCACUGCGGACUCUUCCACAUCACCUGGGCCUACUGGGCUGAUGCUGGUAAACCUACCAUCAAUGGACAGUCGUCGGACGCUCCUGAUGCGUACCCGAACUGCACAAACGACCCUUACUGCGCUGCCCUCGCCGUACAAGGAUACAUGAGGAAAUUCGCUCAGGACUGCAAUGGUGACGGCCGUAUCGACUGCUAUGAUUACAUGGCUAUCCACAAGCGUGGAGGAUAUGGCUGCGUUGGAGACCUGCCCUUCAGCUACGUGAACGUCUUCAACCAAUGUGUAGCUGCUGUUGCCAACGCUCAGAAGUACGGCUAAACCUAUGAAUAGAGAGGAAGAAAGGGGAAGAUUGAGACUUUUAGAGGACCUUUUAUAAUUAUCAUCUACCACCUUCUUGAAGGCAAUAUGUCUCCUGUUUUCUUCGGAUUCUUUGCCUCAGUAACGUCCUUCUCCUAAAGUCUAUUUAAUUUUUAAUCUUUGACUUUUUAGAAUUAAAUAAUGUCUUCGUUUUCUAUAAUGCUAAGGAACUGUAAUCUUAACUGACGAAAUGGAACAAAAAUGUACUUAUUUAUAUUUUUCUACAUAACAACAUUUUUUGUAUAAGUAAUAAAAUUGAACUAGUCUCUAGGGUUA